AGCUCCGCUUUUGUGUCUACGUCGUUCCUGCGGUAGCCGGGUACAGACAGACCCGUAAAAUGCCGGAACCAGCGAAAUCCGCUCCUGCUCCCAAGAAAGGCUCCAAGAAAGCUGUGACCAAGACGCAAAAGAAGGGCGACAAGAAGCGUAGAAAGACUAGGAAAGAGAGCUACUCCAUCUACGUGUACAAGGUGCUGAAGCAGGUGCACCCCGACACGGGCAUCUCGUCCAAGGCCAUGGGCAUCAUGAACUCCUUCGUCAACGACAUCUUCGAGCGCAUCGCGGGCGAGGCGUCGCGCCUGGCGCACUACAACAAGCGCUCCACCAUCACGUCGCGGGAGAUCCAGACGGCCGUGCGCCUGCUGCUGCCCGGCGAGCUGGCCAAGCACGCCGUGUCCGAGGGCACCAAGGCUGUCACCAAGUACACCAGCUCCAAGUAGGGCGUCUCGGACCGUCACUUAACUAAACGGCUCUUUUAAGAGCCACCCAUAUAUUCAGUAAAAGAGUCGAUCACGGAUUUUUUUCGGUGAGUGGUGCUUAGACCUGGCAAUGCUUUAGUCCCUGGGUUAGAACAUACUGUUGAAAGAUGGGAGAAAAAUGUUUAUCCUGUUAAAGCAUCCGGAAAGGUUUGUGUCAUCUUGUCUGUCCAGUUCUGUCAGUUUGUCCCGCAGGUCUAUAAAAAGCCUGUUAAACACCUAAAGAGUUUUAAAGCUAUUAAAGGUUUCUUUCUUCGUUUUAGAGUA